AUGAAGUUCGCCUCUGUCCUGAGUGUGCUCGGGGCCCUGACGGCAGUUUCCGCCGUCAAGGUGAAUCCACUUCCUGCCCCCCGUAACAUCACCUGGGGAUCCUCCGGUCCAAUCCAAGUUAACCGCUUGGAUUUGAACGGUCAUCACUCUCCUGUGAUCAUUCAAGCUUGGGAGCGAGCAUGGAAGACUAUCAUCACCCUGCAAUGGGUCCCUGCCGCUGUGGAAGCUCCCAUCGCCUCCUACCCGGCCUUCCCUACCUCGACCCCCAAAACCAAACGCGCGCCCUCGGCAGCCCACAAAGUUGAGGUCCAUGUGGUGGAUAACGAUGCUGAUCUCCAACAUGGCGUGGAUGAAUCCUAUGACCUGGUGGUGGCUAAUAGCGGCAUCCGGAUCAAUGCUCAGACGGUCUGGGGUGCAUUGCACGCCUUCACUACUUUGCAGCAGAUCAUCAUCUCAGAUCGCAAGGGCGGAUUAAUCAUUGAACAGCCCGUGGAAAUUAGGGACUCCCCCCUGUACCCCCACCGUGGUAUUAUGAUAGACUCCGGUCGCAACUUCAUCACUGUUCGAAAGAUCUUCGAGCAGAUCGACGGCAUGGCUCUGUCCAAGCUCAAUGUCCUCCACUGGCACUUGGAUGAUGCUCAGUCAUGGCCCAUGCAGAUGAGUUCCUAUCCUGAGAUGACCAAGGAUGCCUACUCGCCUCGCGAAACCUACACCGAGCAAGACAUGCGCAGUGUGAUUGUCUACGCCCGCGCGCGAGGUGUCCGCGUCAUCCCCGAGGUCGACAUGCCUGGCCACUCUGCCUCGGGCUGGCAACAGGUCGACCCGGAGAUUGUGGCUUGCGCCAACACCUGGUGGUCAAACGACGUGUGGGCGGAACACACCGCGGUCGAACCGAACCCUGGCCAGCUCGAUAUCAUCUAUCCCAAGACCUAUGAAGUCGUCAGGAAUGUUUACCAAGAGUUGUCUCACAUCUUCGGUGACAACUUCUUCCACGUUGGUGGCGACGAAAUCCAGCCCAACUGCUAUAACUUCAGCAUUCACGUCACCAAGUGGCUUGCCGAGGAUCCCUCGCGCACUUACCGAGACCUCAGUCAGUACUGGAUUGAUCAUUCCUUGCCCAUUUUCCGAAGUGUAGGCGACCAUCGCCGCCUGAUGAUGUGGGAAGACAUAACCAUCGCGACAGAGAGCGCCCAUCAUGUGCCCAAAGAUAUCGUCAUGCAGAGCUGGAACAGCGGCAAUGGUAACAUCAAGAAGCUCACCUCGGCCGGCUACGACGUCGUUGUUUCCUCCUCCGAUUUCCUCUAUCUCGACUGCGGCCACGGCGGUGCGAUCACCAAUGACCCCCGCUACAACGAGCAGACCAACACCGCUGGUGGUGUCACCUUCAACUACGGCGGCGGCGGUGGAAACUGGUGCGCGCCCUACAAGACUUGGCAGCGUAUCUACGACUACGACUUUCUCACCAAUCUCACUACGUCCGAGGCAAAGCACGUUAUCGGCGCCGAGUCACCCUUGUGGUCGGAGCAGAUCGACGAUGUGACCAUCUCCAGUGCGUUCUGGCCUCGCGCUGCUGCGCUGGGUGAGCUUGUCUGGUCUGGUAACCGUGAUGCUGCGGGCAGAAAGCGUACCAACAACAUGACUCAGCGUCUUCUGAACUUCCGCGAAUACCUCGUUGCCAAUGGUGUUAUGGCUACUGCUCUUGUGCCCAAGUAUUGUCUGCAACACCCUCAUGCUUGCGACUACUACAAAAACCAGACUAUAAUCUCCUAA